AUGGCGUCGCUGGGCGAGGAGCUCCUCAACAUCGUCAACAGGCUCCAGGACCUUGUUUUCAACACCAUCGGGAAUGACUCCCUCGAUCUGCCUCAGAUUGUUGUCGUAGGAUCGCAGUCGUCUGGAAAGUCGUCGGUGCUCGAGAACAUUGUCGGUAGGGACUUUCUGCCCCGAGGCAGCGGCAUCGUAACACGGCGGCCGCUUAUCCUUCAACUCAUCAACCUCCCGAGCGAACGCGAGGAUGCCGAGGAAGGCGACGAAGUCCACGUACCCCACACACCGGCAAGCGUCGCAGGACAGCAGGAGUGGGGAGAGUUUCUGCACAUUCCUGGAAAGAGGUUCUACGACUUCAGCGAGAUCAAGCGCGAGAUCGAGGCCGAGACGUCAAGGAUAGCAGGAAACAACAAGGGCAUCAACAGGCAACCGAUCAACCUGAAGGUGUACUCCCCACACGUCCUCAGCUUGACGCUUGUUGAUCUCCCGGGUCUGACCAAGGUACCUAUUGGCGAUCAGCCAACAGACAUUGAGAAGCAAACCCGAAACCUCAUCACCGAGUACAUUGCCAAGCCGAACAGUGUCAUCCUCGCCGUCUCCCCUGCAAACGUCGAUCUCGUCAACUCGGAAGCCCUGAAGCUAGCCCGCCAUGUCGAUCCUAUGGGCAGGAGAACCAUCGGUGUUCUCACCAAGCUGGAUCUUAUGGAUCACGGAACAAACGCCAUGGACAUUCUGUCCGGGCGAGUAUACCCUUUGAAGCUCGGUUUCAUUGGUAUUGUCAACCGUUCGCAAGCAGAUAUCCAGAGCGGCAGGUCGCUCUCAGAUGCUCUGCAAGCUGAACGAGACUUCUUCAAGCACCACCCGGCAUACAGGAACAUGGCCAACCGCUGCGGUACUCAGUUCCUGGCGAAGAGCCUCAACCAGACCCUCAUGUCUCACAUCCGUGACCGAUUACCCGACAUCAAAGCGCGUCUGAAUACUCUGAUGGGUCAGACGCAACAAGAGCUGGCGAGCUACGGCGAUGUGGCAUUCACAGGCAAAGAGCAUCGUGGCUCGCUGAUAUUGCAACUCAUGACUCGUUUUGCUUCGUCCUUCAUCUCUUCCAUUGAUGGUACCUCGACCGAGAUCUCGACCAAGGAGCUUUGCGGUGGUGCCAGGAUUUACUACAUUUUCAACUCUGUGUUUGGAAACUCGCUGGAACAAGUUGACCCUACGAUGAACCUAUCCGUCCUUGACAUUCGUACUGCCAUCCGCAACUCUACGGGUCCUCGACCGAGUUUGUUCGUCCCUGAGCUGGCUUUCGACCUUCUUGUGAAACCACAGAUCAAGUUGCUCGAAAUUCCCAGCCAGCGCUGUGUUGAGCUCGUAUACGAGGAGCUCAUCAAGAUCUGCCACACCUGCGGCUCGACCGAGUUGACCAGAUACCCUAGGUUACAAGGCAAGCUCAUCGAGGUCGUGUCUGAUCUACUGAGAGAACAGCUCGGUCCUUGCUCGAACUAUGUCGCAUCACUCAUUGACAUCCAACGAGCGUACAUUAACACAAACCACCCCAACUUCCUUGGUGCAGCAGCAGCCAUGUCUUCCGUCAUUGCAGACAAGGAAGCGCGGGAGAAGAAGGCUGUGCAAGACGCAGAGCGUAAGAAGCGGGAGCAGAAGAGGCUGAAGGAGCUGAACGGUGUCAACGGUGGUGAGACACCUGAGGACGGCGAAGAGUCGCACAAGGUUGCGGACAAGGCGCUCCCGCUCAGGAAGCACCAGGCACAAAACAGCCGCAGUAUGUCGCCCGCAGUAGGGCGCUUGAUGAACGGCUCUCACAACAGUAUCUCAGGUCAACUCAGCAAUCGCAACCGAUCACCGCCCCCGAUGGUGGGAGGCGGCAAUGCACGAGACGGCUUCCUGAACUAUUUCUUCGGCAAAGAAGGCGGUGCUGCACACAACUCGUCUUUGACAUUAGAUAACCGACCUGGCAGCCGGCACGUCAGCCAGCACAUUGAGCCCAGCUUUGCGCAGAGCAUCAGGAGAGGCGAUCCCAAGGCACCUUCGCCCAUGAUGCCAUCUUUCAACAUGGACGACGAUGAUGAGCCCGGUAGCCCAGCACAGGAACUCCAAGGCGGCUUCCCCUCGGAUCCCGAAUCUGCACCUGCGCUCACGGAACGCGAAGCGCUGGAGACGGAGCUUAUCCGCCGUCUGAUUUCAUCGUACUUCAACAUUGUGCGGGAAACGAUUGCCGACCAGGUGCCCAAGGCGAUUAUGCACCUGCUGGUGAACCACUCCAAGGACGGGGUGCAGAACCGGCUGGUCAGCUCGUUGUACAGGGAGGAUCUGUUCCAGGAGCUGCUGUACGAAGACGACACGAUCAAGGCGGAGCGCGAAAAGUGCGAGAAGCUGCUCAAGACGUACAAGGAGGCGGCCAAGAUUGUCGGCGAGGUGCUGUAA